AUGACAGGGGCCAACAGUUUAUUAGAUGAGAAGCGACCAGCCACUGCACUCCACCGAGUUCUUGAGAAGGUUGUAUCUAUGUCCGGUUUUGGAGCACCAGCAAGUACACAGCUGCACAAUGACAAUACCGUCACCGGUGAACACUCAGCAAAGCUAUCAAGAUCAUCAUCAUACAAGAUCAAUCAAAAAUUAGGCAAGCUCAUAAAGCUAAACAUAAAGACAAAGAAAUUAGAGAAAGGGUUUUUGAACGAUACCAACCUUUGGGCAGAUUUCAUUCCUACACAAGAUUGCUCACUGAUCAUCAAGGAUUUCAACUUCAUCUUUUCAGCCCAGACUAGUUCAAGUGCUCAAUUGAAUGAAAAAUUGGAGAAGAUCAAAUUGAGUUUAUCAUUUGUCAGCGAGCGUGAAAAGAAACAAAAGGAGUUACUUUAUUCCAAAAUCAAAUUGGAAAAGCAGUUGAAAGAGAAUAAAGCACGAGUUGGUCCUAAAGCAUCGUCAACUGUUUUGAUUAUUGAAAAGUUGGAGGAGGUGGAUUGCAGCUUACAAGUGGUUGAACAGCAAUUUGUUCGGUCAAUAUCUAAUGACUUGAAAGAGAGCAUUAUUGACUACAUUUACACCUUACAUUCAACAUCACGCAAGUUGAAUGAAGUGUGUGAGGAUUUUAUUGAAUGUGUGAAUUCAUUGGAGCAAAGCCACUCGAUCAAUGGGUUAGAACAAAGUAAUUUUGCCAAUGGAUUUAGUCAUUGUUUGAGAGACGGUGAACUUGGUCGAACAUCGCCAACAAGAUUAUCAAAAUUAGCAUUAAGAAGGAAAUCACCCCAAUUUCCACAGCAUUAUAGUGAUAAUGACCAAAUUAAGUUGAAAAAUUACGAUUUGCCUACUCCCCAAUCAUCUUGCGCUGAAUGCAAAAAAGUUCCUUGUAUGCAUACCGACCAAGACAAUGGUACUCAACCUUUAAAGUCAAACCAAGCUUCCCAACCUCCAUCCCUACCUUCUCAAGAGCAAAACUUAAACAUUAGACGUACGUUUUCUAAAAUUUAUCCAUUACAAUCGCAAGCAAACCUGCAUUUUGGAGAAGAGUUCCGCCACGAUCAACUCAGGGACAAUUCAAUUCUUGAUGAUCAUUGGAGUUAA